AUGGCAAGCAAGUUUACAGUCAAAUCUUUGGACCACUUGGUCCUCACCGUCCGCUCCAUUCCCAAGACGGUGGCCUGGUACACAACCUACCUCGGCAUGCGGCAUGAGAUCUUCACAUCACCCCUCAAUCAAGCCGUACAGAGACACGCUCUUAUCUUCGGAAGCCAGAAAAUAAACCUCCACCAAUCAGGCAGGGAGUUCGAGCCCAAGGCCCAGGAUGUUAUGCCCGGAAGUGCCGAUUUGUGUUUUUUGACUGAUGAUAAUGUCGAAACGGUUCUGGCUGCCUUCAAAGAAGCAAGAAUUGAAAUUCUGGAGGGUGCCAAGAUUGUAGAAAGAACCGGGGCUGUUGGAAAGAUCCACAGUGUAUAUGUGAGAGACCCCGAUGGAAAUCUCAUCGAGGUGUCGAACUAUGCUUAA